CAGUAUAGUAGCAGUGUAAUAGUAGCAGACAGCUGUGGUGUACGCGUCGUGCAGUCAUUGUCGUUUCCGUCGCGUAUCAAACUCGCUCCAUAUAAUAUUUUGAAAAUCGCUCGCCAGCCACCGUAGCGGUCGUGUUCGUUAACGUCACCCCGCGUGUUUGUUUCCGUCAUCACCGUCGUUUGCCGCCGGAAGUCCGCUAGCGGUGCGUCGUCUCGGCGUGCCAUGACAACAGCGGCCGGUGCACCGCCACCACCGUAACUCUAGUCGUUGCAGUAUUCGUACAGUCGUAGACUCCGCGCGUCUCAAACAUGUUGAAGCUGUUGGGCGGGCUCAAGGAGUUCGUCAAGCGGCAGCCGGUGACAAUCGACGGCACGGUUUUCCGGGUGCACGUCACGUUCACCACGGUCGUGCUGCUCGCGUGCUCCAUAAUGGUGACGGCCACGCAGUACGUGGGCAACCCUAUCCAGUGCAUCGUGGACGGGCUGCCCACCAGGCCGGUAAACACGUACUGCUGGAUCACGUCCACGUUCACCAUGCCGGACGCGUUCCUCAGGGAACAGGGCGUGGGAGCCGCACACCCGGGCGUUGGGCCCGAAAACGGCGAACCGCCCAAGUAUUACACGUACUACCAGUGGGUGUGUUUCGCCUUGUUCUUCCAGGCCAUGUUGUGCUAUUUCCCUAAGUGGGUGUGGGACAUGCAGGAGGGCGCGUUAAUGUCAACGCUGGUCAUGGGCCUGCAGUUUGGGCUUGGCGCCGAGAAGGAGCGCGAAAAGCAGAAGAAGAUACUCGUCCAUUACAUGCUCACCCACAUCAGAAAACACACCUGGUAUGCCGUCAAGUAUUGGAUGUGUGAGUUCAUGUGCUUGGCAAAUAUUGUGCUGCAGAUAUACUGGAUGAACAAAUUUUUUGGCGGAGAGUUCAUUACAUAUGGACUGCGAGUCAUUGGCAUGUCCACCGAACAUCAGGACAAUCGGGUAGACCCAAUGGUCUUCAUAUUUCCCAGGGUAACCAAGUGUACAUUCCACAAGUUUGGACCCUCAGGAACUGUACAAAAGCAUGAUUCGCUGUGUGUGUUACCACUAAACAUCGUAAACGAAAAAACUUAUAUAUUCAUAUGGUUUUGGUAUCUACUGCUGUUGAUGGCAUUGGUCCUAAUGCUCUGUCACAGGGUGUUGAUCAUGUACAACACGACCGCAAGGAAGAACGCGUUGCGGUACCGCCACUACAGGUUGAUAACCGACGACGUCGCCAAAGCCGUUACGAACAAACUAUCGUUGGGUGACUGGUGGGUGCUGUACAUGCUGGGCAAAAAUAUCGACCCGAUCAUUUACAGAGAAGUGGUGCGCGAAAUCGCGAAAAAAGCCGAAAACUGAUGGAUGCGAUGACUGUCGGUUUGGAUAUUCCAGAACGAUCCGGCAUCAUCGUAAUCCUAACCAUUAUCAUCAUCAUCAUCAUCAUCAUCACUGUCCCGAUCGGUGUUCAAAUUAUGUCUUUAUAAUGUUUUCGUACGCGUUAUAUAUUAUUAAAAUAUUGUCGGGACGACUUAUUUAUUUACUUUUUCGUUUUAAAACCUAGUUUCAAUAGAAAUCCGAAGGUGUUUUUUCAUUACACGUAUUAGGUAGUUUUAGUUUUAAUUUUAUGUUAAAAACUUUUUCGUCAUUUAUAUAUUACAUUGAUAAACAGUAUCGAAGUACAAAAAGUUAUAUACUAACAACACGUGAACAAGACUAAUAUAGUAUUACAGAAAUACGUAUACACAUAAAUUAUUUAAUAUGGUACAAAACGUUUUGUUUAUAUUUUUAUACGACUGUAUACUAUUAUUUAUAAUUAUAUAACUGUAUCCUUUUCCUAUUUAACACUUUUUGUGAUGUUAUUUUUUUUUUUUUGUUUGCUUAUUCGUACGAUAUGUACAUAAGCGUGGACCAGCAAAAUUAUACCACAGAAAGAUCAAAAUUAUCAUAAAGUAUUAAAGUAUGACUAUCUAUAUAGUAUAUUAUAGUAUAUAUUAUAUGAAUAAUAAAUAU